AUGGCGUUUUCUCUCCGCAUUGGUUGCACGAGCAGUAAUCAUGGCUUUGCCAGGUUCGGCAUCGACAAUAAUUGGUGUAGUCUCUGUGGCGAUGCGCCACGGCCGAUGUCUGUGAUGUUCGCUGGCGAUCAGAGCAGUUCGAGAGGACAAAAUAGGAGGAUCACGGCGGCGGCGGCGGCCGCCUUGACCGCCGCGCCGGCCAUGGCGGCGACCGGUGUCGAGAAGGACUAUUUGAGUUUGGAUAUGGAAACGCGUGGCUCUGGCGAUCGGGCAGAAGGAAAAGACGCUGCCGACACGAUCGAUAGGUUGGACAAGUGGAUGAGGGAUUCUGUGGUGGAGAUCGUCAAGAAUUUGCGGGAAGCGCCGUUGUUAGUGCAGGUUUUUCCGACGGGGUAUAUUGACGGCGAUAAGAACAAUGGUGAUCAUAUGAUAACGACGACGACGACAACGGCGACGUUGGUGACAGAGAAGAGGGCAAUGGAGGAGAAUUGGCCAGAGGCGAAGGAAAAAUGGCGACAGGAAAUGGCGCUAUUGCCGGAAGGCCUUAUAUUGGUGGAAGAAUUGACCGGCGACGAUCAGACUGGGAAAGAACGACCAGAAGGGAGGGAAAACACGACGAAGGUGUGGGGGGUGGUGGUUCAGGGGAGACGGGCGGGGUGCGGGCCGGCCUGCUAUUUGUUGAAGACAACUCGGGUCGGGUCAUGCCAGUCGGGACCCUUUUGCACCCAUUAUUGCUUAACAAGGGUGAAGAACUUGAUGGAGACUGUCGAUUCACAAUUCAAGAAUCUUUGGCUAACUCAGAGCCAGAACCAGUGA